AUGGCAGCUACUGCCAACGCCCGGAUGGAUGGGGUUGACUACUCCCACAUCGACUCAAGCCAAAAAUGGCGAAUGCUCAAGUCGCAGAAGCGAUUCUUCUUUUGGUGCCUCUGGGUAUCCAGCGGGGUCAUCAUGCAAGGCUUCGAUAUCGUCGCAGGAGGCCAGUUGGCGGCUCUCCCGGAGUUCCAGAAACAAUUCGGCCGUCUGCAGCCGGACGGUUCGCAUAUCAUCCCUGCUCACUAUCUGUCGGCGUGGAAUUCGAUUGCUCCCGCCUGCGAGAUCGCGUCGACUUUUAUCUAUGCGCCGUUACUGGAGAAGUAUGGCCGUAAGCCUGGUAUCUUAGUUGCCUCGGCCAUCUCUGUUGCGGGAGUUCUCCUCCAGCAGCUAGCGACGGAUUGGAGGGUCCAUCUGGCUGGUCGAGGGGUUAACGUGCCGCCGUGGCUAGAGGAAGCAGCUACCUGGAUGGCAAAUGGUGAGUCACGCCACGACACCCGCAAUGUCACUAUACACAUUGUAACCGCCACAACAGGCAAUGGUGGCUCCCCGUUGUUGGGAUGUAUAUCUUUCCAGGUAAAGCCCCAUCCCGCUCCGACUGUACGGAAUACUGCUCACAUCACAGCCAUUCUCACAUUUGGCUGGCUAUUCUUCCCGGAGUCUCCAUACUGGCUGAUUCGACAAGGAAAGACCACCCAGGCCCAAAAUGCCCUCCGGCGGGUCUACGGGUUCAAGAAUGACGCCUUCUACAAUGUCGAAGUCCGUCGCAUGGCAACCGAGAAUAACCAAGCCCUCGCAUUACAGCGCAGUCUCACGCAGUCCACCCGUCGCACAUUUCUGGGCCUCGACCUCUCUGCCGAAGCCGAGUGCUUCAACCGCAUGAACCGCAAGCGCACCCUAACCGCCAUCUUCGCCGCCAGCGGCCAGCAAAUGAUCGGCGCGACUUUCGUCAUCGGGUACGCGACAUACUUCCUUGACCUAAUCGGGGUGAAGGACUACUUCGAUGCGUCGAUCGUCCUCUACGUGGUAAUGCUGCUGGCCAGCAUGGCCGCCUUCCCCCUGACCGAAAUCAUGGGCCGACGGACGAUGAUCGUGAUCCCGCAGUUCAUGCUAUGCUGCAUGCUCCUCCUGAUCGGGAUCUUGGGGUGCGUUCCCGAUCAGGGAAAGGCAAGUUGGGGGAUUAUUGUCUUCAUUUAUAUUUGGGCCAUUAUCUACCAGCUGUCUAUUGGUGCCGUUGGGUUUGUACUGGCGUCGGAAAUUGCCACCGUUCGGUUACGGAGCACGACCCAGGGUCUGGUUACAAUCACCAAUGCGGCUUGGGGGCUUAUUAUGCAGUUCACAAUCCCGUAUAUGAUCAACCCUGACGCAGGCAACCUCGGGGGCAAGGUUGGCUUCAUCUUCCUUGGAACAGGCCUUAUCGCAGCGAUCGGCGGAUGGUAUCUGUAUCCGGAGACCAAGGGCAUAUCGUUUGAAGCCAUGGACGAACUCUACGCGAGCGGAAUCGCGCCUCGACUCUUUCGCAGAGCAAGCGAGCCGCAGCGAGGCAUCCCUUUGGAGUCCAAGACCGCACCUUCGGUUCAUGUGGAGGUAGUGAAUGUCUAA